AUGCCAGGACUCUACACUCUCUCCUCUUGGGAAGCUCUGCCCUUGAAGAGCUCCAGGGUGAAGGCUUGUGCCAACGGGUACUCCUUGAGCAUCACUGCUCAUCUUGUGUACACCAACCCUCAUGAGGAGCCUGUGGAAGGCAUCUUCAUCUACCCACUGGAGGAGUCGGAGGUGGUGGCUGGCUUUGAGGCAGUGGCGGGCAGCCGGCGGGUGACGUUCCAGGUCCAGAACCGGCACCGUGUGCGGGAUUGCUGCCUCCAGGUUGGCCACAGCCUCAGCCGGCCACACCGCUGUGCCAGUGGCCACCUUGUCCUGGAUGAAGAUGCAGAGCGCUCCACCUUCAUCAUCGUCACAGGCAUGCUGUGCCCAUCGGAGAGCCUGGCUGUCACUCUGAGCACGGCACAGGAGCUGGUCACGCUGCCUGACGGGUCUCUGCGCCUCCUCCUGCCCCCUGUCCUCACGCCCCACGUCCCUGCUGUCCCUGAGAGCGAGCCGGCAAGCUUGUGUGACGACAGGUUGGCCCUAUGCCCCACCAGCUGUUUUAGGGGGCCAGGUGCCCGGAGCCAACCCGUGGAGCCUGCAGUGCGUGGGGAGAGUGUGGACAUCUUUCAGGGACAGCCCUGCAACCCUUUUCCUUAUGAGUUUGCCUUCGAGCUGCUGGUGAAGGGCCCCUGCUUGCUGGCAGGACUGGAGAGCCCAUCACACGCCCUGCGAGCCGACGCUGACCCCUGGGCCAGCUCUGCCACCACCACCUGUGUCACCUUGGCUGAGCCCCACUGCUAUGACAGGGACCUGGAGAUCAUCCUCUACCCCUGCGAGCCCCACCACCCCCACCUGGUGAUAGAGGAUGGCAUCAUGACAUACCCUGAGUAUGAAGCCCACAUCCGGAGCCGCCGGGAUUACAUGCGGAUUGCCAGGAAGGAUGGCAGUGGCGAGAGACAGGUGGCUUUUGUGCAGAAGCGUUUCCACAAAGACAUCUUCCAGAACCCCGUGCUGAUGCUGAACUUCUGCCCGGAGACAGAGGGUGGCCCCGGGGACCUGCAGAGCAUCACCCGUGAGGUCCUCUUCCUUGUUGAUCGUAGCAGCACCAUGGAUGGCCCGGAACUUAACAAGGUCAAGGAGGCUUUGCUCCUGGCUCUGAAGAGCCUCCCAUUGGGGACGCUGCUCAACGUUGCCAGCUUCAGCACCGACAUCAAACCACUCUUCCCGUCCAGCCGCCUCUGCAGCAAUGAGACGCUGCGGCGAGCCUGCGAGCACCUCGGCGGGCUGCAGGCAGAUGUGGGCAGCACCAACCUGCUGGCAGCUCUGGGCUGGGUGCUGAUGCAGCCCCUCCACCAUGGCUACCCCCGCCAGCUCUUCCUUUUCACCAACGCAGCAGCAGGCAACAUGGGCAGGAUUCUCCGCCUGCUGCGCAGGCAGGCCAGCACUGUCAGGUGCUUCAGCUUUGGCAUGGGCCCACAGGUGUGCCGGCGGCUGCUGAAGAGCAUGGCCAAGGUGACCCGGGGCCGUGCUGAGUUCCUGAGCCCAGCAGAGAGACUGCAGCCCAAGCUGAUCAAGUCCCUGAAGAAGGCAAUUGAACCAGCCAUCAGCGACAUAACCAUCGACUGGUACGUCCCUGACAGCAUGGAGGCUCUGCUCUCACCCACUGAGCUCCCAGCCCUCUACCCCGGGGACCGCCUCAUCAGCUACUGUGUCCUCUACAGCAUUGCCCGCUUCCGCAACAGGCGCCCACCGGGCCAGGAAGGGGCAUGCCAGGGCUUCCAGGGCUCAGCAUUCCUCUCCCAGGAGGAGGUGCAUACUCCUGGGGAGAGUCACCGGCAACCCCGCAGCACCGUGGGAUCUGGGGACACCUCCCUGGACCUCUCUAUCAUAGGCACGGAGACAUCAGAACAGAGUACGGAUCCCGUUUCUGCAGGAGACAUCUGGAAGCGGAUUUACCAGCCCUCCUACAUCCAGGAGCAGUAUGUCCUGACACACUGCUCAGUCAGCACCGACCGCAGCCGGGGACUGCUCUCCCACAGCUCCACCAGCAGUGAGUCCACUGGCUCCCGCGACGUGGCCCCUGAGGUUGGCUCCUCAGCUCCCAGCACUGAUGCCACCUCCCAGCAGGGCCAGAAGCACCUUUCCCUCUGCGAGUCCUCCACCAAAUCCGCUCCACUGCCCUCUGCCCCAUCUGGUGCCAAGGUGAUGGUGGCCUUGAGCACAGAGGAGCUGGCGAGGCAGAAGAAGGCGCUGGCAUGCACUGCCCUGGCCAGCCGCAGCUUUUCCUCACCACACGGAGAGCUGGAUGCUCACAGGCUCCGCCUGGCCUUGGAGAAGGUGUCACAGAAGCAGAACCAGUCCCUGGAGGGGCGACUGGAUGAGCUGGGACCACAGGCACACACACUGCAGCCCAGUGCAGUGGAAUUGAAUAACCUCCUCUCACCCACCCAUCUGGACUGGGACAUGCUGGUGGAGCCCUCCUACCUCUUCAGUGCUGAGCCAGUACCUGAGCCAGGGGAGCCCAGCACAGGUGAUGCCAGCCUGCCUCUGCGCUGCCAAGUGGUGAUCCACGCCCUGCAGGCCGGCAAGCCAGUGUCCUGGGAAGUGACAGCCUCGCUGGAGUCACUGCUGCAACCCCGGGAGCAGCCAGGCAGGGAGGACCCCCCGCGGCGGGCGGCCAAGGGCUGGGACAAGGCCUUGCACCACCUGGCAGCACGCUCCGUGAUCCAGGACAACGAGAACGCAGCACAGCGGGAAGCUAAGCUGCAGCAGGGUUUUGCCCGCCGGUUUCGCCUGAAAGCCAUGCAAACCAGCAAAGCCUGCAAUGUGCCUUCUCUCUACACCCGCCUGGUGCCCGUGGAUGGUGCCACAAAGGCAGCUCUACCCACAGCCCCUGAGGUGUGGGGCACAGCCGCCUCUCCCAGCCAGCCACAGGCCACCACAGCAGGGAGCUGGCACCACAGGGGCUCCUCACCAGGUCUGGACCAACAGCAGAAUGCAGAGGAGCAGGAUGAGAGUCCUGUUGCUGCAGAGCGAGGCGAGACCCUUGGGUCUCUGGCCAGUGUCUCCUCACCUACCUAUGGCUCGGAAAGGCAAAACUGCUCAAACGGACCUCCAAACAGCCCCUCUGUCACCUCCAUGGGCUCCCAGAAAUCCACAGAGAGCAUUGCUGGCUCCAGGUUUAACAGCCUCAGCAGGCGCAGGGGGCCCAGCCUGGUAUCACGUCCACAGUGCCUCAGCCAGGAGAAUAAGAGCUCCAGCAACCAUGCCAGCCAUGACUACCUUCCACUGGUGCAACUGCAGCAAGCCCAGGGCCCAUUCCAGCUCACUGAGAGCUUCUCUGAAGUGGUGCAGAUCCCCCUGGACCGCCUGUGUCGGGCCUCGCCCUAUGCCUCCCAUCGAGCCAGCCUCAGCCCAACAUCCCCAGGGCCCAGGAGCAGCCCUGAGGCAGGGCCUGGCAGCGAGGAGGGUGAGGAGUCUGCUGCAGCCCCGCAGCCUGGCUCACCGCUGUCCUGCAACACUUGCUCUGAGGUGCCAAGUGCAGCUGUGUGGGCACAGGCAGACAGCGGGCACGGCUCUGAGUCUGACACCGGCCCCCACUCAGCUGCCCCCUCUGAGGCUAGCGUAAGCUGGCAGGAUGUGGGGCCAGAGGACCUGGAGAGUGCCAGCUGGGCCACAGCAGUGGCCUUAGCAUGGCUCGAGCAUCGCUGUGCUGGCUUCUUUGAGGAGUGGGAGCUGGUGGCAGCCAAGGCGGACGCGUGGCUGCAAGCGCAGCGGCUGCCCGAAGGGGUGGACGUGGGCUGCCUCAAAGGGGCAGCCAGGCACUUGUUCCUGCUGCUGCGUCACUGGAACGAGAACAUCCAGCUGAACAUGCUGUGCUACAACCCCAGCAAUGUCUGA